AUGGAACUGGAACUCAUGGGGUCCUGCACAUGGGUCCUGGUGCUGGUGGCUGCAGGGCUGAGCUUGGCCAGCGCGGGCCCCGUCCCCACUUCCAAGCCCACCACAGCCUGGACAGACUGUGACUUUGGCAGGUUCAAAUCUCUGUCACCAAGGGAGCUGGAGGCCUUCAAGAAGGCCAGGGAUGCGUUGGAAAAUUCGCUGAAAAGCUGGAGUUGCACCACCCGCCCCUUCCCUAGAAACCGGGACCUGAGACAGCUACAGGUGUGGGAGCGCCCCGUGGCCUUGGAGGCUGAGCUGGCCCUGACGUUGAAGGUCCUGGGCACCAUGGCUGACGCGUCCCAGGGGGACAUCCUGGACCAGCCCCUUCACACACUGCGCCACAUGCACUCCGAGCUCCAGGCCUGUGUCUCGGCUCAGCCCACAGCAGGCCCCCAGCCCCAAGGCCGCCUCCACCACUGGCUGCACCGGCUCCAAGAGGCCUCGAGGAAGGAGUCUCAAGGCUGCCUCGAGGCCUCUGUCCUGUUCAACCUCUUCCGCCUCCUCAAAAAGGACCUGGAAUGUGUCGCCAGUGGAGACCUGUGUGUCUGA